CCACUUCCACAAUCCCUCUCUCUCUCUCUCUCUCUCUCUCUUUCUCUCUCUGCCUUCCUUCUCCGAAUACUGUGCGAGCUCUCGGUUCCCCUCUCCUAUCGCCCGCGCAAUUUUCACAUCAUCGGAGGGAAGAUUCGCCUCGCAAUUUUCCCGAUCCGAGGCGGUUGUUGAUUUCUCCAAUCGCCGAUCCAUUCGUUGAUUGACGUCGGAUUACCAAAUUCGUGGCCGAUAGUUGUGGGGAUGGAUGAGGUCACGAAGGCAGAGGGCCAGAUGACGUCGGCUGCGGCUUUUGUAGAAGGGGGGAUUCAAGAUCCGUGCGACGAUGCUUGUAGCAUAUGCCUUGAGGAAUUUUCUGAUAAUGAUCCUGCCACGGUGACGAGCUGCAAACACGAGUUCCACCUUCAAUGUGUUCUUGAAUGGUGCCAAAGAAGCUCCAACUGUCCUAUGUGUUGGCAGAAUAUCACCCUGAAAGAUCCUACAAGUCAAGAAUUACUCGAAGCGGUCGAACACGAGAGGAAUUUACGGUUCACCCCUUCAAGGAAUGCGCCAGUAUUUCGUCAUCCCACCCUCGGGAAUUUCGAUCUGCAGCAUUUACCCGUUGGAGUGGAUGCCGCCGAACUUGAGGACCGGAUUAUCCAACACUUAGCGGCAGCUGCUGCAAUGGGCAGGUCUCACCACGUUCCUCGGAGAGAGGGCACAAUUCGCCGUCCUUCUUCUCAAUCCCGAGAAUAUAUGGUCUUUCCAUCUCAACCCAACCAGUCCUCGGCCACUCCCGGAAGAGACGAAAGCUAUCCGACUGCUGUGCCUGGAAAUAUUUCAUCGGCUCUGCCUACGUCGACGAACAACGAAAGCACAGAACAAACUUCAACUUCCUCGCCCAACACUGGAAGAGGUGUAUCUAACGAUACUCGAAACAGGAUGAGCGAGUCUUCCUCGGGAAACCAGGAUGCAGCAGGACCAUCGGAGUCCUCGUCUUUCUCGGGCACAUGGAGAUCUCGAUUCAGUUCUUUAUCUAUGAAAUACAAAGAGUCGAUCACUAAGAGCACUAAAGAGCUGAAGGAGAAGCUGUUUUCUCGAAACUCAUCGAUGACAGAGAUUGGUUCUGAGGUUCGGAGGGAGGUAAAUGCGGGACUUGCUACGGUUACCCGAAUGAUGGAACGCCUCGAAACGAGGGAUAACGAUGAAGCAGGUCAUACACCAGCAACUGCUGAACAAAACAACAUCGGUGAAACUUGCAAUGAAAUAUCGAGAAAUGGCAACAAAUCGGCUUCCCUUGCUUCGAGUUCGGUUCCGAGAUAAGUUUUUUGUUAUUUAAGGAUCUCUCCUCAGCAUUUCAUCUUUGAAGCUUAGCUUGACGAUGUUUUCGGAGAAAGGCUCGAAUAAUCCAUCGAAGAUGACAUGCCGAGGAUGAGAUGAAACAAACAUGGUGAAUUUCUCUCUAGUCUCCCUCUACUACUAUAUUUUGGAAAGCAAAAAAUUUCUGUUUUAGUUUCA